UGACGUGGGGGCGAGGCAACACCAUUCAUAACACGUCUGACACCAACAACUCUGCAUCCCGGCAAACUGUGGAAGGCUGAAGCUGAAGUCUUUAUAGUGUGAAGUUUCUGUCUUUCGAUUGUAGAGGGCGCAGCUUCCCACCACACGUGGCAAGGGACAGUAUUCCAUCGGAAAUAAGAUUGAAAAGACGAAAUGUUGGCCAUGGUUUUUAUGGCUGCAGUCCCUUCCAUCCUGGCGUGGAGCCCUUCUGUCCACUACUUCCCGACCAAUGCUUGGGGGGUUCACCUACUGGCGCCUGGUAGGACUCUCACUCCUCAGGAUGCCUACACCAACCUCACCGUCAGGAGUACUUGUGGCUGUAAGUUGUCCUGUAAAGAUGAUGAUCGGUGCGUAGUGGCGAGUGCCAGCGUCAGCGGCGGCGGGGAGUUCUCCUGCCUCUUGUCCAGUAAAGGACCAACGGAAACCACCGUGUUGAGUGGAUAUGAAACCUAUUACUUUUACUGGUUCGACUCCUUGCCCGCCACUGACUUCGGGGUGAAGGAGGACGGGUUGCUGUACCUCAUGGGGAACAUUAAUGUGAACUUCACCGACGCCAGGAUAUGGUGCAGCAAAAUUCCUGGAUUCCGUCUGACCAUUUUCAAGAGAUCCAUUCAGUUCUCCAUGGUAGUGCAGAUCGGAAAAGCCACAGGCAAACAGCUGUGGCUGGACUUGGAGGUGACGAGAAGCUCCGCACUGAUCUGGGGCGACGGAACAAAUUUCGACGACACGCCAUUCUCACAGGCGGCUAGUAAGAUUGUUAACAAUGGCGGCAGGCAGCUCUCGGCCAUGAGAGUGAGAGGGGACAAACUAGACGACAGGUAUCAACAAAACAAUUGUAAUCCUUUGUGUCAGGCUAAUCCACGUGGCAUCAUUUGGUGAGGUCUCGUCAAUCGAUCUCACUAUGAGUUCUUUUCUGUAUUUCUUUGAGUCACAAGACCACACUCUUACAUUUCAACUCCUUAUCUCAGCUAGUACUUUAAGUAGGCCAUAGAUCAUGUUAUCGAGGCUUCUGAGUAUACAGGGCCGUUUCUAGCUAUAGGCAGACAAGGCAAUUGCCUAGGGCCCCCAAGCCACCAGGGAGCCUCCUGGGUAGCUUGGAAAAUUUAAAUUUCCUAAGUCACCCAGGGGCUCCGACGAAAAAUUGAAAUCUAGGGCCCCCCCAAACAGCAUCUUGCCUAGGGCCCCCACAAAGCUAGAAACGGCCCUGUGAGUAUACAUAUGUUCCAUGAUUCUAUUGACAGUCUAAGAAGGAUUCUGCAUCAUCUGUAAGAACACCCAUGUCAAUCCAGGUAACAUUCUCUGUGGUUUUUAGAAAUAAUCAUCAGAAGAACCCUGAGUGUUUCAGGAUGUGGUCUUGUUUUGUGUUGCAUUGUGUUGUGUU